CGCCCCCUGCCCCGCUCAGCUCUCGCAGUCGGAGCCCAGCAGCAGGCGGAGUCGAACGCGUUGUUUGCAGGUCAGCCAUGUCAUCUGAGCCUCCCCCCCGGCCACAGCCCCCUACACAUCAGACUUCUGUUGGGCUGCUGGACACCCCUCGGGCCCGGGAUCGCUCUCCAUCCCCACUUCGGGGCAACGUGGUCCCCAGUCCUCUGCCCACCCGCCGGACGAGGACCUUCUCAGCGACGGUGAGAGCUUCACAGGGCCCUGUCUACAAAGGGGUCUGUAAAUGCUUCUGCCGGUCCAAGGGCCACGGCUUCAUCACCCCAGCUGAUGGUGGCCCUGACAUCUUCCUGCACAUCUCUGAUGUGGAGGGGGAGUAUGUCCCAGUGGAAGGCGACGAAGUCACCUAUAAGAUGUGCUCCAUCCCGCCCAAGAAUGAGAAACUGCAGGCUGUGGAGGUGGUCAUCACCCACCUGGCGCCAGGCACCAAGCACGAGACCUGGUCCGGACAUGUCAUCAGUUCCUAGGGACCUGCAAGAAUCCCUUCUCCUAGGCUUCAGGGAGACUUUGGGGGGAGGAGGAGCAGGGCUACCCUGGAGAUGACAUUCUACCACAUAAGACUGGGCUUCAAGGUGGGGCAGGGUCCCUUUCAAGCAGCUUCUGGAGGAAGGGAAUAGGGGGCAGGCAGGCAGGGGUGCUCUUGGCCGCCAGCACAGCCUCUGGCCAUUGCAACAAGCUCUCACUAUCUGAAAAGCAUUAAAAGCAUUUGAAAAGGACAGGCACCUGCCAUAGCUGAGUGGAGGGUCCAGCCCAAGCCCAGAUGAUAGGCCAAACCUGGUAUUUCCCCAACUACCAGCCCAGAGCAAGCAAAAUCAGCCUUUAAGAACCCCUCCUGGAAUUAAGAGACAAAAAUCCCCAGAUCUGUCUGGCUCCCCAGGAAUGUCACCAGCCCUGUGAUCUUUACUAAGUGCUACCUUACCUGGGACCAGGGCACAACCAUCUUCUGAUUGACAGCUUGGCUGGUUGUAGGGAGCUGGCUUGUGGGGGGAUGAGAGUUUUCAAGUGGACUUUGCCUUUGGUGCCUCUAUAUCAGGGGCAUUUUCCCCCACUCUGGGGAAGGUAUACCGCCCCCCCCCCCAACUUCAUGCCCUAGGCCACUGACCUUGGACUGGCCUUUUCUACCUGCUUCUAGUUACAUGGUAGCCUCCCUGUGGGCAUUUGAAGCCUGUCAUUAAGCUGGUGCUGAGGGUGGUGUGGGGUGAGGAGGAGAGGCCUGCAGGGAAGGGCUGUGGAGAGGGGAGGGCCUUUCUUUAAGAACAGAACUAGGGCCAGGCUGGUGGUGCAUGCCUGUAAUCCCGGUACUUGGAAGGCUGAAAUAGAGGUCUAGGCCAGUCUAGGUUACAUAGUGAGACCAUGUAUAAAACAAACCAAGGGCUAGGGAUGUAACUCAGUGGUAGAGCACUCGCCUAGCAUGUGCAGGACCCGGGUUCCAUUGCCAGCAGAAAACAAAAAUCUCCAAACUUUGACACUGAUCUGAAGGUGAGGCAGCUUGCUUCCUGAUACCCUUGCAAAGUCAGAAGUUGAAGGAGAAAUACACUUUCUAUGAGAAGUGAGGCUUCUUUAAAAUGGGUUAUAAGUUAUGGUUUUUGCUUUGCAGUAUGAGGGGAUCCUUGGGUCUUGUACAUGUUAGCCCAGCCCCUGCUGGCCAAUCUGACCCCCACCCCCUCUUUGGAGACAGUCUUGCUAUACUGCUCUGCAGGCCAGGCUGGCCCAAACUCUUGGCACUCUUUCUGCCUUGGCCCCCCACCUGCUUGGAGUCACAGGUUUGUAUCUUCAUAUACUGCCGAUUUUUUAAAAAAAUUAACUCAAGCCCUCCCCUGAGCCCUCCUAGUUUGUCCUAUCUUGUACUCUGUAGACACACAGGUAUUUCAAGUGAGCUGAUCUUAGAACUUCCUUUGUUGUGGUUUGCUUUGGCUUUAGUUUUAGUUUAAAAAUAGAAGUAGUUGGGUAAUAGUUUUGAAAUAUACGGCCUAAACAUAGUCAAUAACUUGCUUGUCAACACAGGGAUACAAGUCCUGAAAUGGUGGCUUUGGGGCACCAUAGUGGUCCAGGUUAGAGGCUUGACAUGGGGAGCACUGGAAUUUACAAUUCUGGGGGAGUCUGUGUCCAGCAUAAGCACAUCUUUUGGAAGGGACAAAGGCUAAAACUUUUGCUGAUGGCUCUAGUGGCUUUAAGCAGAAAGGGGCUGGGAGGUAGGUCAGUCAGUAAAAUGUUUGGAGGACCUGACUUUGAACCCCAGAAGAAGCCAGGUGUGGUGAUGCGCCCUGUAAUCCCAGCACUGGGGAGGCAGAGACAAUGGAUUUCUGGGCUUGCUAUGUGGUAGUUCUAGGUCAAUGAGAGACCCUGUUUUGUUUUGAAAGGUAGAUGACAGCUAUGUGCACCUUUUUAUUUCUUUAAAGACGGGAUCUCAUUCUGAAGCUCUGGUUGGCCUGGAACUUGCUAUGUAGACCAGGCUUGCCUCAGACUCAGAGAUUUGCCGGUCUCUGCCAGGAAUGACAUCUGAGGUGGUCCUCUGGUCUCCACAUAUACAACACAUACUGAGGACAAGGGGACAGGCACAUGCGGGUAUGUAGAGCCAGCUCUAAAAUCUCCAUGUAGCUGACCAUUUUGUUGGGUCACUGGUGGCUUUUUUCCUACUGGGUCAAAGGUGGCCUAUUCCCCUCCAGCCUUGGUUUGUGGCCCAGAGGUGCUCCUAGGGCCUUUCUGCUAAGAACAUAUUCCCAAAACUCCUUCUGCCAGGACCCAGGAAGGCUUGCUGGGGCUGACAACCUUCUCUGUUACCCCCUUGCCCCAAAGCAUCAGUACGGCUUUGCUCUCACUCUGGCACCUGGUUGGGCUUGGGGUGGCUUCAUGUACUGGCCCUCUAGUGGACCCUGGCCUCCAGUGAGCUGGAAGCCCCAUUCUGCUGGGCAGUGUAACUUCCAGACUCUCUAGCUAGCUCAGCAGAAUCCUUUGUAAAGGGUUCUUCCUCUGCAGUCACAUCUUUUCAGACUAUAGAAUAUUCUGGAACUGCAGGAUAUCUGAACUGGAAAAGACCCCCUUUCUGUUCAGACAGGGAGUAUUUACAGAUGGGGAGGGACUUGUUGGUGACUGAGCAGGGAAGAAAAUGCAGAUUCCCAAAUUCAGACAUUGUUCACAUCAGCCACCUUUCUCAAUAAAGUGUUUUGUGCAAG